UGGUUUCUCUUGCAUUGAUUUUGUUUUGCAAUAUAAAUUUGUUUUAUAUUGCACAAUUAUUGCACAUAUACAUUCUCUAGGUGUCUCUAUACCGAUGUUGCAGGUUAGGAGAAGGUGUAGUACAAGGGUCAGGGCACUCUCGUGUCUUUGUUAGAGGGCAGUGAAGACUGGCGUUCCGGCUUCCAUCCGCCUGGGGGCUGGGCUUGUCUACACAACCCGCGCAAGAAAAUUGGCUCUCCGCAGCCACCGUCCUCCUCAUAAGGCCCAGGCCAAUCAGAGUUCCCAGAGGAAGGAGCUGGACUGAGGGGCGCUCGUGGUGCUUCUUGCUGUGUCUGCUGCGGUUGCUUUCGGCAUGAAGGAAAUUUAUGCUAAGUUUGUGUCUCAGAAAAUCAGCAAAACCCGCUGGCGACCAGUGCCUCCGGGGAGUUUGCAAACAGCGGAGACCUUCGCUACGGGCUCUUGGGACAACGAGGAAAAUUAUGUUUCGUUGUGGUCAAUUGGAGAUUUUGGAAACUUGGACUCUGAUGGAGGGUUUGAAGGAGACCAUCAGUUACUGUGUGAUAUCAGGCACGAUGGUGAUGUAAUGGAUUUACAGUUUUUGGACCAGGAAAGAAUUGUAGCUGCUUCAUCAACAGGAUGCGUAACAAUUUUCCUUCACCAUCAGAAUAACCAGACUCUGUCUGUCAGCCAUCAGUGGACAACAGCUCACUGCCACACUGGUCCAGGCGGUCCUUCCUGUAGCGGCGCACCAUGUACAGGUGUUGUGUGCAACAACCCAGAAAUUGUCACGGUUGGUGAAGAUGGCAGAAUAAAUCUCUUCAGAGCUGAUCACAAGGAAGCUGUGAGAACUAUAGACAAUGCAGAUAGCAGUACGCUACAUGCUGUAACCUUCCUUCGAACUCCUGAGAUUCUGACAGUAAAUUCAAUUGGACAGUUAAAAAUAUGGGAUUUCAGACAACCAGGAAAUGAGCCCUCUCAGAUAUUAUCACUGACUGGUGACCGCGUGCCCCUCCACUGUGUUGAUAGACAUCCCAACCAGCAGCAUGUUGUAGCUACUGGUGGCCAGGAUGGAAUGUUGAGUAUUUGGGAUGUUAGACUAGGUACUAUGCCAGUGUCUCUCCUGAAGGCUCAUGAAGCUGAAAUGUGGGAAGUUCACUUCCACCCAUCCAACCCAGAUCAUUUAUUUACUUGUUCUGAAGAUGGAUCCCUCUGGCAUUGGGAUUCCUCUACAGACGUGCCUGAAAAGUCAUCACUCUUUCACCAAGGAGGAAGAAACAGUACUUUUUUAUCUCACAGCAUUAGUAACCAGGCUAAUGUUCACCAGUCUCUUAUAAGUUCCUGGCUCAGCACUGAUCCUGCCAAAGACCGUAUUGAAAUCACAAGCUUGCUUCCCAGCAGGACUCUGUCUGUUAACAGUUUGGAUGUUUUAGGUUCUUGUCUUGUUUGUGGAACUGAUGCAGAAGCAAUUUAUGUUACUAGACAACUUUUCUCAUGAAAAUAUUGUAAUAAUACAAUUUCAGGUAAAACGUACAGUUAGACUUUUUAAUUCCAACAUCUAUGCAAAAUUUUAUUAUUGGAAAUAUGAAACUUACAGUAGAAACAUCAGUAAACUAUUGUUAAUGUUGAUGCCCAGAGUCCACUCUUGUUAGUUGGAUAUUCCUGUAAUAUAGUUGAAGAAUCUGGUAGAUGCCUAAUG